AUGGAUCCAGAAGGUUGCUAUGUAAACAGCACAGUAGUGUUAGAAUGGACAAAUUCCUCCGGAACAACCACCCGCAAAGUAAACUACAGAUCAGCGCAGCUCCGAUUAAUAAGAAACAACCUGCGUCAGAUGUUAGUGCAAGUCCAAGCAGAAAAAUCAAACACGACAUUUAAACUCCUAAUCCGUGGAAUAAAUGUUCUUAAUCGUUUCAUGCACGAAGGUAAAGCGACAAUAAAAUUCAACGAAGAGCGGUGCACUCUUUUCAUCUCCAAUGCUCCAGCAGCUCAGCUGACUUCAUUCCUAAAGACUAUUUUUGUAAAAAUGACAGGCCAGCCCGAGACAAAGGUGAGUUCUUUGAAGCAACACAUAGCAGCUAACGUUAAUUUAGGUGGUGCUCAGGACAUAAGUCCCGCGACAGCUGGUGAAUUAAAAGCCGCUAGAGAAAAAGCUUUAGUUGUUGCAAAUUCGCGUAAAACUUUAACAACACCUUCUCCGAGUAGUGUACGUAAGCGUAAAUUAAUAAACAGUGAAAAUAGUUUAAAAGUGCCGGCUAAAAAAUUGUACAGCAACCCAACGGUUGCUGAAUUGACAGAAGAGCAAACAGAAGUAUUGACAGCUGUUCAACGUGGUAGCAAUAUUUUUUUCACCGGCUCAGCUGGAACUGGAAAGUCGCAUCUUCUGAAGAGAAUCAUUGCGGAGCUGCCGCCAGAUGUGACAACUGUCACUGCAAGUACUGGAGUAGCUGCUUGUCAUAUUGGAGGUAUAACUCUUCAUCAGUUUGCUGGAAUUGGUCUUGGUACUGGUACUUUAGAGCGUUGUUAUCAACUUGCAUCACGUCCUUCUUCUGCUUCAGUUUGGCGAAAAACAAAGCACUUGAUUAUUGAUGAAAUUUCAAUGCUUCAAAUAGUUCACAGGCAAAAAGAUCCAACUUUUGUUAAGUUGCUUAAUAGUAUCAGAAUUGGAAGAGUUACUGAUGAUAUUAAAGAGACUUUAAGGGCAACUGCUAAGCAGAAAAUUGAAAAAGAUGGCAUUUUAGCUACGAGACUUUGCUCGCAUGUAAAAGAAGCUGAUGAAAUAAAUGAAUCUCAGUUGGAAAAGCUUGAAGGUCUGGCUAAAUAUUAUUCUGCUCAGGAUUCUGAUGAAUCUAUGACCCAGACACUGGAUCAACAAUUGCCAGUUCCGGGAAAACUUACGCUUAAAAUUGGAGCGCAAGUUAUGCUGCUGAAGAAUAUUAAUAUUAACAGUGGAUUGGUUAAUGGAGCUCGUGGAGUUGUUUUGAGGUUUGACGAUGAAAUUCCA